AUGCAGACGACAGCGCUGCAUCGCGCGAGCCCCAAAGUCGCUGCCGCCGCCUCGGCUGCUGCAUCCCGCAUCCGCGCCAAGGGCGGCCGCACCGUCUCGCGCGUCUCAUCCGAGGCCGCCGCCUCGGCCGCCGCCCGCCAUCGAGAGCACCUUGCCCUCAUUCGCAUCCGCGUCCUCCGCAUCCUCAAGAAAUGGAUUCAGCUCGAGGACGGCUGGUUCGGCGCCACCCGCGUCGGUGAGCCGUGGGAAGCGCCGGCCGUCGAGGUUCCCUCAGCCUCGCCGGCAGCUGUCCUGUUGCGGGAUUUUCUCCGCGAGGUCGCCGGCGGUGGUUGCCACGGCCCCGGCCUUGCCCGUGUCGCGUCCUCGCUCCUCCGCUCGCUCGACACACCCUCAACAGACUCGUCGGCCGGCAUGGUUCGUCGCUUCCAUUCGGCGCGCUCGCUCUCGAUUGCCGAUGAAAGUCGGACAGCGCGAGCCAACUCGGGUGGAACCUCACCCAAGAGUGGAUCUUCGCCCGACACCCGCUGGCGCCGCAAGCAGACCGGCUCGCUCACCUCGCGAGGCGAGGCUGACCCUAACGCGCCGAUCCUUCCCACAGGCCUCACUCUUGUCGCCGAGACCAUGCCCGCAGGUAUGGCGCUGACCGACAUCGACCCGCUCGAGCUUGCCCGCCAGCUCACGCUUGUCGAGUACUCGCGCUACAUGCUCGUCGAGCGGAGCGAGCUGCUCAACUUGCGGUUCUCCAAAGACGCGCGCGAGAUCAACGCGCCCAACGUCGCCGCCCUCAUCGCCUCGUUCAACCACGUCUCGUGCCUGGUUCGCGACACCAUCUUGGGCGCAUCGGAGCUCUCUGCGCGCGUUGCUACCGCCGAACACUUUAUCCUCGUCGCCACCGCUGCCCUUGUCGAGUUCUCCAACUUUUCGCUCGCUAUGGCGGUGCUCUCCGGCCUCAACGCGUCGCCGGUUCAUCGGCUCAAAGCCACGUGGGAGCUGCUGGGCAAGCGGCGCAAGACCAUGGCGCAUCUGCAGCAGAUGAAGGUUAUGCUCUCCCAUAACGCCAACUACAAGAUGUAUCGCAAGGCGCUCGCCGAGUCGGCUCCGCCCUGCGUCCCCUAUCUCGGUAUGUUCCUCUCGGACCUGACCUUUGCCUACGACGGCAACCCGUCGCUUGUCCACGACCCGCCGCUCAUCCACGUCCAGAAGUUCCGCGUCGUCUACAAGGUCUUGCUUACCAUUGCACGGUACCAGAAGCCUGCUGGCUACAAUUUUGUUGUGCCUGUCCGCGGCCUCCAGACCCACCUGCGCACCCUCAUGGAGGCCUGUCUCAGCGACGACGAGGCCUACGCCCUCUCGCUCAAAAUCGAACCGCGGGUCAAGCGCCAGCCGCCGUCGCUGGCGGUCUUGCAGGACGAGAACGACGAGCUGAAGGACCGCGUCGGUGUGCUCGAGAACGCGCUUGCCCUCUCUCGCGCCGAAUACGCCUCGCUGCAGACCCAGGUCGACUCGCUAACCGAGAUUGUCCGCAGGCUCACCGAAGCCUCGGCGUCGAUGGAGGUCCCGGACUCGGCGACUCUCCUCGACUCGCUCACUGAAGAAGUCAUGGAUGAGUCCGAGGCGCUGUCGUACGAGCAGGUGCUUGCCGGCGGCGGUGCGAGUAGCCGGCGCAAGCAUGCCAUCGAUGACGAGCUCGACGAGGCCGAGCAAGCCGCAGUGGAUGCUGCUGCCGUCGAGUCUGCAGCGUGCGACGCGGACCAUUUGGCGCCGGAGAGUGACUCGGAGUCGGGCACCCACGAGCUGGCCGAUGCUGCCGCACCGCCUUCGUCGAGCUCUUUGGAUGCGGGCGACGACGCCACCAACGACGCCACCAACAGCGCCGCUCACGACGCAGAUGACCACACCAGCGUUGACGGACUGCCGAAAGCGUCCAAGGCACGGAAGCGGCAGACGAUGUGGACCGAGCGGGGCGAUGCCGAUUCUGGGGAGGAGGUCUACACCACUAUCUCGACCAAUGUCCCACUCCCAGUCUCGUUCCCGCUCCCGUCGGCGCACUCGUUCUCGAACCCUGUUCGCGUCGGUGUGCUCAGGAAGAAGGGCGCAUUGUCACGGUGGCAGUCGCGCUUUGUUGUUGUGGACCAGAACCACCUGUUCUACUACAAGAAGGACUCGGAUGCCGAACCUGUGGGCAUUGUCUGGCUCCGCGGCUACGUCGCACAUCCGUCGUCGAUCGGCAAGAAGCCCGCCGUCAAGCUCGACCACCCCACCCUCCGCAUCUACGAGUUCCUCACCACCUCUGCCGCCGAUCAAGUCGAAUGGGUCUCGGCCAUCAACUCUGCUGCAUCGUAG